AUGGAACUAGCGAAUCUGGACCCAGAUGGACGUAAUCUUGCAAAAAGUAUAAUUAAUACAAUCAAUAAAAUUUCUAUUAUUAUUGAUGAUAAUCCACCUGUAGUGACUCGUAGGCUCAGAACAGAAUCAACACUAGAAAAAGUACGAGAGCUACUAUCAAAUUCAGAAAAACCAAUUCGCAUUUAUGAAUAUAUGGACUUCAUUGGUCCGUACGGGAUAAUUUUACGUAACGAGGAAGGGGAGGAAUUACUGAAGAACAAUUUACAUGAUGGCUACAUUUUAAAAAUUAAAAAAUCGAUUAAUCCAAAUAUUAAUGAAGCUAUAUAUAGGUACAACCUGAAUUGCGGAAUAAAAAUGACAGAAUGUGGGCCUGAAAUUGUAAACGAGAAGAUAUUUGAAUUUCCUCAAGAUAUUACUCAAGGCGUUGAUAUGAAGAAAAUAAAUUAUAUAGAAAAUAGAUAUGAAGGAAAAUGUGAAAACAAGCACGAAAAUUUCCUGCGUAAAAAUUUAGUGCCAGAAGGGAAAAUAUCAAUAUCCAUGCAUUUAUCCGUUGAUCUUACAAUUUCGAAUGGUCGUCAAACAAACGAUACUCAUAACACAGAAUUUUCUUCUCAAUAUAAGAUAAUAUUAUUGCCAAGAUACGAGAUAGAAAUUGAUGUUAAGAAAGUACAACCAUCUGAAAAUUUUAUACAGGCAAUAGAAUUUGCUCUGAAAGGCAAUAAUGCUGUAGAAGGACUCAAAAAAGUGAGCGAGAAUUUUGGUGAAUAUAUAGCUAAGAAAGUUAAAAUUGGCGGAAGAAUGAAUAAAAUCGUAUAUUACGAUGCGUCAAGCAUAUCACGACAGACAUCAGCCGAUCUGUCUGCCGGUAUAAGAGUCGGAUCGGAAUUUAUUGGCGGCAUAGGAGGCAAUUAUAAUAAUAUAAAUGGACAUAAUGAUUCUUUAUCUACUUCUAAUGUUAAAACUCACUUUUGUGUAUAUGGAGGAGACGAAAGCAAAUUUCAAGAAGAUAACAUGGUUUUAUGGCAAGAGUCCUUAAAUGAUCAUACUACUUGGAAGAUUAUUGAAUACGUUGAUCUGAUUCCAAUAUUUGAUGUUUUAAAAUCCGAACUUCGGCAAAGAGUUCUUAAUGCAAUGGGACAGAAAGUUCUUUACAGUACAAUAGAUUCAGUUGAUGAUAUUGUUAUGUCAUCUUCAAAAUUCUCAUAUGAGCAUAAACUAAGUAUCCCAUCAGAUCUUGGUCUUAAUUUAAAGGAAUGCCAAAUUUUUGCAUCUGUUAUGAAUAGAGAAAGGAUGAAAGAAGUAUUUUCUACUCGUAUUAUUGUAUAUACAUCAAAUAACUCAGCUAGCGUAGUUCUUCAUUGGAUCCAUAAAAGAUCAAGUAGACGGAAGGUUAAAGUUUCCAAUUUGCAAAUAGGCUGGAUUAUUGUUGGCCAACCAAUAGAUUUCAGAUAUGAGAACUGCAAUUUCUGUAUAAUCAACAAUAUUGAAGAAUGUGCACCAAAUGACGACCAUCAAAUCAGUAUUAGUGACCAAUUUGAGAGGAAUCAUAGUAUUUUGGUAUCAUGCAUACAACAAGCACCACAACAAAGUACUAUCCAUCUAGAAAAGUCAACGUUAGUAACAGGUGUUCAUUUUGCUUGUCUUAAUGGUUCUCAGUUAAAUGCUUGUUUUUUUAUGUACGAUCUUGAAACGGAAACUUUAUAUAAGGAGAAUUUUGAAGGAAAAUUGACUGACCUUUUUAUUCAAUGCAG